UUAUUGGUAAAUAUUCUUCUUUAUUAACAUUCAUGGUCGCCUGCGAACAUUCGUGCAAUAUUUUUACGUGUCUGAAUGAAGCCAAACUCACGAUGAUCGAGCAAAAUUCGUUAAAUGAACAACCCCAAAAACGUUUUAUGAGUUUAUUGUCCAAAGUCCGAGUGUGAAUCAAAAGCCACAAAUAUGCAGAGAAUUCUCAUGUAAUUCGAAGCGAAACAUAUGCAAACAUGGCUGUGAAUCAGCGCAAUCGAGCAGCUGGUUUUCGAUUUCGUAUCAUCCAAACCCGCUAACCAGCUAACCAGCUUACAGGCUGAAUUGGAUCGAUGGAUCGCCGUUGUCUAGACAUCGAGAUGACGGUAAGGGCUAAAUAUAGUGUCAAUUUUAUAGACCGUAAUUGGAGAGUUCGGUGCUUUUUCUGUGAACUGGCAGUUGAAUGGGAAAAUUCCGCAUGCCACGCAACCCGGCGACCCGGCGAGUGGCGGUCGUGUGCCAUGGGCGGAUGCACCCGCUCCACGCUCGCCGAGAAUCGUAUAAAAGCCGAGACGCUUGACGCUGCAAACUUACAGUUACGAUUACCAGACGCCAGAAGACACAUCAAACAACCAGUUAGCACGAGAGUCAAUCAGCCAGCCAAGCCCCCACCCGAACUUGGGAUAAGCAAAUCGCAGACAGCUACUUAAAACCGAUUCCCAAGGAGUCGCGAUACCAAGCCAAGCUCUUGGAAAGGAAUCUUCCACGUCGUGUCAGGGAUCAGCCGAGUUGGAGUAUCCUUAUACAUUCCUGUCUAAAAAGACCAAUGCCGGCGCAGGAUUAACCACGGAACCAGUCAACAAUCUAUCAGCCAAGGUGCUGAAGAUUUUAGCCUAAGUGUCGUUUAAGCCCAUUUAAUAAGCUCACCGACUGAUUAUCCUUAAGUGAUUUAAACUCAAAAUGUUUGGCAAUACCUGCUACAAUUGUCAAUAGUUAUAGAACUACGUUUCUAUACAUUUAAAAGUAUACUAAGCAAAACGAAAUCCGUUGUUAUUUUACCCGCAUUAUUAAUUUUGCUGUAAUAAACAAUUUCAAGCUAAUAUCUAUUGUAUGAUUUUAAUUGCAUUACGCGAAUUUAUCGAUUUUGCCCCAGUUUGGAGGGGAUUUUUGAACCACUUUCAGUAAUACUAUCUUCGAAACAAUAUAGCUGUGGAUCCCGGCUGGUUUUGUAAUAGAUUCUAUGGCGCAGUGCCAUUGAUCUGCUCCACUAACUAUGGUAAUUAGGUAUUAGUGCCUUAGAAUUUCCUUAAUACAUCAAUUAGCAUCGAGCGACUAAGUUUCGUAUUUAAAUUGACACACUUGUGUUGAAUACUGUUGAAAUUUGAGAAUACUGGUAAGAGAGUUCCUGCUAAAACUAAUUAUCGAACCGGAUUAAAUAACUUUAAAACGCAGUUAGAGAAAGUCCCACAUGAACCCCCAGGAAAUUUAUCAAAUAACUUUGGAUUAUAUAAGAUAAUAUCACAAUGUAACUGCAGUAACUACUAGAGUAUAGCUUUUACUGAGAAAUUAUCUAACGAAAUCGAUUACAGUAUCUUGAGACGCAAUAAAAGAGAGAUCCUUCCGUGACUUAAUGAGUAAUAAAUAAAGUGGUUGGUUUUUUUGAUCAUUAAUAGAAUCCGAGUAUUAAAAACAAUAACGUGUGCAUUAUUGUUUUAACCCAAAGUAAUUGCAAUUAUAUUAUGGUUUAAACAAUCAAACCCAUUGAUUAAUUUGUACGCUGGAAGUUGAGCCAGUAAUUAACACAAUUUGCAUAAUGUUAUUGUAAAUAAAGUAGUAACGAGGCUUCUAUUGCAAUUAUUCUUGGGAGUCCCACUAUUUUGGGGCAUAUAAACCGUAAUAAUCUUUCAAUUGCACUUAAUUACAAUUGAUAUCAAUAUAUAUGAUAUGAUAUACCCUAUAGUCUCGCUUGAGGCUAAAACUACAAACGUAAUAGUGAUACCCUUUGCAAGAGUAUAAAAAACGUGCUUCGUUUGUUUACAUUUAGAACAGGCUUUAACACUACUAGUAGUCACUACUAGUCAUAGGAGAACUAAUGAGUCAUGAGAAGUGUGCCAUUCGAGGGUGGCAAUUACCAAGAAGUCAGGUUUGUCGCACUUCUCAUCGCAAACGAUUAUAUGGUACAUUAUCUUAAUCAAAUUUAUUCAUAAUUCUCUGGGAAUGAAUCAGCUUUAAGAACUGGACUACUGAAAUACCGUGAGAAAAUAUCAUUCAUAGCUAUAAAUAUAGAACAAAUUAAUGAUGCUUGGUCUAAAAUAGAUUUUCCCAAUUCAAAAAACGACCAUACAAAAGUAGCCCCACUAUAAAAAACUGUAAGAUAUGCGAACGAUCUGUCUACCUGGGUAAUUUUAUGCAUUACUGACUAACGAACAGCGCCACGUCGAUAUAAAACUCACAACCAAGUGGAAUUUCAUAACAGAAGAGAACUGAACAUGCAAGCGAUUUUUAUAUUGUGCACUGUCCUUGUAUGCCUGCUUGUAUUAUUGAGAUUAAGUUGGGGCGGCGGAAGUGCGGAGAGCCAGGACGUGACCACCACGAAUCCCAAAUUUCUAGUGCACAAGGACUCCCAUUCUUCAUAUGAUUGGUUCAAAGAUGAAAUUAGGAACAGAGCGAAGGAUAACGAUUUGAAUGCCAUCACUGAACAAGAACUUUUGAAAUCAAAAGCAAGAUUUCAAAAGCUGCUAAAUAUUCUCAGGCGGCAACCAACAAAGGAUAACUAUUCUAAAGAUUUACCCGUUCAAGUUGAUGCCACUAGUGAUCCGUCAAAUGCAGAAGAUACAACCAUCUUAUGUAAUCCAAUUAUUGAUGAAAAUUGCGGACCAGAUUCUAUUGGACCAAGACUAAGCGCCACUCUACUAAAGAUCCUUGCAUAAAUUGACUGAUCCAUAGAUCUACAUUAAUCGGAACUAAUUCAGAAAAAAUUUAUUUAUUUAUAAUUAUUAAGCCAUUAAUAUUACUAAACACUUUAAUGUACAUAUGUAUCCACAUCUCGACUUGAUUUCAAUUUGUUUAUUCGUGAUUCAAUCAACAUUCUAUUAUCGGAUCGGUCAAAAAUUUUCACACGCCAUUCAGAAUUUAACAGGAUUAGAUGAUUGGAUAAUAUAAUAUCUCAAGUCAAAUCUAUAUAAACUGAAUCUCAAUCAGUUCGAGCCUCAGUAUCAAAAUUAAAAUGCUACCUAUAGUAAGUGCGAAUAUAGUCAAAUGUUAAUAAGUCAAAUAUAAAGAUAAUCAA